GCAUUCAUUUCUGAUUUUACCUCACACACUUCCAGUUUUAUAUACACUUUCAACACGGUCAGACAUAUGUUGAAAAUUUCUAAAUUAAUUAUUACAUCAAUAUGAACUUUAAGGCUUGUUCCUCGAAAUCCAGUGUAAGUCCACCGAAGCGAAUAGGAAUAUCCCUCGAGGAUCCUGUGUCCAGCUGCGAUGAGUUUCCCAGACCCCUGGGUCCUAUGUUAAAAUACAUAGCCCUGUCUCCGAACUUUGAGAUUGCCAGGAGAAAAUCUCCUCUAAAAAGGGCCAAUGUGCCAAGAGCAAGCCAGGCCAGAAAAUCUGGGAACAAAAACAAAAUGCACUUAGCCAAGGCACCGAUUUACGGCAGAAAGCGUCCUGCGGGAAAAGUCACGAACAGGCGAGAUGUGACCACCAGAAAACCCAGAAAACCGAAAGGCACCAAGAUCAUUGGUGGGGAGAAGCCCGUAGAAUCCAACAGUAGACCCUGGUGGAAAUUCUUUUUUAGCAAAAAACAGAAUGACGAAGAGACCUUACGGGAAGCGCAGCAAGAUAACAUAUCCUGCGAUGUUUUGAUGACCGACAUGGCAACCCAAACCAAUGUAAUGGGCAGUCCACAAUGGGAUAAUAGUGAUUACUUGCACCAUUAACUUGAUUAACUUGCACCAUUUAACAAUAUAUAAUAAUUUAAGCUUA